AUGAAUUACGGGAAGUGCAAUGUGGGACAAAAAGACUUCUACUCUCAGUGGGAUGAUGUCUUAGCUAGUUUGACACAUCUCCAUUUAUCCUAUUCUGGUCUUUCUGGUUUAGUCCCACAAGAAAUAUCUCAUUUAUCCAAACUUGUUUCUCUUGAUCUCUCUGGCAAAAAUUUGUACUUGCAAAAUCUUGCUAUGAAGAGAUUGGUUCAAAACAUAAUGUUCAGUGGGGUAGACAUGUCUCAUGUUGCUCCUCUUACUCUAGCCAAUUUGUCUUCUUCUUUGGCACAAGAUCAUUCUAUUGGGGGUUUGAAGUUUUUGGAAGAUUUGAAUGUUGAAGGUUCUUUCGCAGGAUCUAUUCCAGCAUCAAUUGGAAACCUUACUCAAAUCACUAAUAUCCACCUCUCCGACCAAAACUUCAUUGGUGAGCUCCCCUUUUCACUUGGCAAACUUGAACAUCUUACUUCUUUGACUCUUGAUGGUAACAAUUUCAGUGGAUAUGUUUUACUUUCAAACAAUAAGUUGACCGGAGAGGUUCCUUUUUCAAUCUGCAACAACAGUGAUAUGACAAUUCUUGACUUGUCUAAUAACAGGUUGAAUGGCAAAAUUCCACAUUGUUUGGGAAAACUCAGCUACUAUUUGACGGUUUCAGAUUUGUGGAUGAACAACUUGCAGGGAGUAAUCCCUGCAAAGUUUGCCAAUUGUGAAAGCUUAAGGAUUCUUAGCUUGAGUGGGAACCAAUGGAGGGACCGUUACCACAUUCUUUGCUUAACUGUAAAGAUUUGGAAGUUCUUGAUGUUGGUAACAGCACAAUUAGUGUUAGCUCUAAAGCCAAAACUUCGUUUUCCUAUGUCGCGAAUCAUGGACAUCUCUCACAAUGAAUUCAUAGGCUCCUUGCCUACGAGGUUCUUCAAGAAUUUGAAAGCCAUGUUGAGUGUGGGUAGAAAUGAAUUACGGGUAGUGCAAUAUGUGGGACAAAAGGACUUGUACUCUCAGUGGGAUGAUGUGAUGAGGGUUACGAUGAAAGAUAGAGAUAUUGAACCGACGACAAUUCUUACCAUCUUCACCACCAUUGAUCUUUCCAACAACAAUUUCAGUGGGAAAAUUCCAAGCAACAUUGGAGAGCUUAAGUCACUUGAAGAGCGCAACUUUUCUCAUAACAAUCUUGUGGGUUGUAUCCCUUCAUCAAUUGGGCUUUUGACAAACCUGGAAUGGUUAGACCUCUCUUCAAAUCAACUUGCUUGUAGAAUUCCGCAGAAGCUGUUGGAUCUGGCAUUCCUUGAAGUCUUAAACCUUUCAUGCAACAAACUUGAGGGACCAAUCCCGGAGGGGAAGCAAUUUAAUACAUUUUCAAACGAGUCCUAUUUAGGAAACUUGGGAUUAUGCGGAUUUUCAUUGUCCAAGUUGUGCUACCAAAGUGAAACACCGCAACCUCCACAACAGAAUGUUUCAGGUUCAAUAAUCGAAUUCGGAUGGCAAGUUGUAUUGUUAGGGUACGGAUGUGGAGUCAUUUUUGGAUUGAUUAUGGGGUAUAUUGUGUUUUCAAUUGGGAAACCCAAUGGCUGGUGA